AAAAUUUAGUUCAACCUAAUAAAAUUUCUGUUGAUAUACAUGUAUUUAAAGAAUUAAUUGAAUAUAAAGAAGAUGCUAUAAAAUUAGAAUUUGAAAAAAGUCAAUUUAUUCUUAAAAUUAGCAAUUUAAAACAUAUAAUUGAAGAUUUAAAUAAUAAUAUUACUGCAAUUCA